AUGGCGCCAAUAGACUCUUCAAUUGACUCUUCUAAUUUGUCUUUUGAAGAGCAGAAUAGCGGCAAAAACAAAGCGAGAAAACGAAAACAUGACGGCAUAGAGUUUACAGAGGAACAUGAGCUUCCAAAUGGUAAUGUAAUUGGAUAAUGUUUUCCGCAUUGGCUGCUUAUUUUAAUGCCUCUUGUUUGAUUUUGUUUAGUACAGUUGCAUGAUUCAAGCUUAAAUACUUGCUGGGAUUCUUAAUUUUUUUUUUGACGUGAUCCAAACAGGUGAUUCCUGUAGCCAAAUCCUGUCUGCCUUGCGAAACAUAUGUACUUGCUUUGGAGUGGAAGGUCUUUGUAACAAAAAGAAAAGGUAAAGCUUUAUACCUUCCUGACAAGUUAAAACUAAGUUAAGAACCCAAACUGCAAAAUUUGAUUGUUUGCAUUUGACGUCACGGCGGCCAUGUUGGUGAUCAAGAACAGAAGCAUUUCCCUCCCUUGGGAACUAAACUCCAUUUUCAUGUAAAUUCUGCAGAAAAAAUUAUCAGGGCUGCCUUGUCUUGUGGUCGUCUUAGAAAUUUAUAUAUUUUUUUUUUGCCCAGUUUUCUGUUGCUAAAUUGUUCAGAAGAUAACCACUUGUUCAUUGUAAACUAAAUAUCAUUAAGAAAAUUAUACUACCAUGUGAGAAAUUUCUGCAAUUUGAUUGGCUUAGAGCAGUGGUAUUUCAGCUUAAUUUGAAAUACCUACAUGUGAAAAUUACAAACCUUUUAAGGGUAGUAGUAUAAACAAUUAAUAGCAUGAUUUGAACAUGAUAUUUUGCAUGAUUGUAACAUAAUUAGUAUUCUAUUUUCUAGUGAAAGGGUACAACAUUUUUUGUUUUUAAUGAUGCUUAUAAAAACAUACCUAUAAACGUUAAUCAAUAAAACCGCUAAACAAAAUCACCUCAGUCUCAUUUGAUCUUGCUUAAGUAUAAAAUAGUAACAAAACAAAGUUUCUACUUCAUUUAUUUUUACUGGCUGUUGAAUUGUGGCAGAGGCUGUUUGACAGCUGGCAUGCACUUGAUUUGCUUUUGCCAUUAUUUUGUGGAGAUGCUGUUGUAAAAGUGAUUAGUGCAUUUACUGUCAUAAGAGUGAGUGUGUGGACAGGGUCAAGAAAAGUGGCUUUUGUGGAGAGGUGGCCAUUGUCAAGAUGAAGUCAUUAUUAAAGAUUCAAAUGUACAAUAAAAAGAGUGAAAAAUAUUCAUCCUUCUUUGCUGAGAAGAAUGAGACCUCCUUUAGGAGGGGUACAUAUGUGCCCUGUCUGAAUUUGAAAACCCAUGAUUUCGCUUACUGAGGAGGAAACAAUGUCCCUGUUGAUAUUUUACUGUAUUAUUGUUGCAGUCUCAACAGAUCUUCUUUCUUCUUUUUGUUUGUGGCCUUUUUGUCUGUCUUACGUCACUUUUUCAAGGCCAUGUUGCUUUUGUGAUGUUUACUCUUCACAGAGCCUCAAGAAUGUGGUUACAAAGGCAGUAAGGCCCAGUGUCCUUGUGACUUAUGUGUUUUUGAGAAGCGUUGCUUUUUUGGUAAAAAAAAAUUGGUAAAAAGCUCUGUGUCCACAAAUUUAUUUGCUGUCAAACAGAAAUGUAUUAAUGUGCAAAGAAACAUCAUGGAUUAAUGCUUGCAACUGACAGUCUGUACAUAGCGAUUCUUUGUCUCGUUAUGGGGAGAAGCAUAAUAAUAUUUUAUUGUGUUGAUGAUACAAAGAAUUGCUUAAUGUGGGAGACAACUAGCUGUCUCUGCAACCUGCUUAUUGUAGUCAUUCAUACUAUUAUUUUUGAUUUCCUUUUUAGGAAAAUAGAAUCUAAAUCGGGCUUACUGGUGCCCCUUAAUGAGGGUAAGCUACAAAAGAUGAUGUCCACAUGUCAAGUGGAAGCACAAUGUGCAGUGGAGUGGUUUCACUUCAUGUAGAAAUUUAUUUUGCUACUCCUUUAUUGACAGUCAGCUUAAAGAAUUUUAACCUGAAUUUAAUAUUAGGUUGAGUCCCAAUUUCCUUAGUCUCCCAGCCCUAAUUAUUUAUAAAUUAGAGUUAUGAAAUGGAGAAUUAACCUAUAGGCUAGGUGAAAGAACUUAAUUUUGACCAACAACACACUUGAUUGGAUACUGGUGCAUUCCAGAGAUACUGCAUUUUUGAGCUUGCUGACUUAUAGCCAGUAUUGCAACUGGAGCAGGAGACAGGACAAUGUCCCAGUUGACAUCUUUCCCCAAGAACCAACUGGAAUAAUAAUAAAAAAGAAUAACAGACCCCCCCACCCCAUCACAAAACCUUAACCACCCUUUGCCCCCCUCCCCAGAAACAGACAGAGAAUUUUUUUUGUCUAGGAAACGGUGAAAUGGCCAUAUGAUGAUAGUAAUAAAUUAUUAAUGAUGAUGAUAAUAAUUUUGCUUUAUUAAUUUAAAAAACAAAUUAUUAUAAUAUAAUAUAAUUAUAUUAUAUUAUAUUAUAAUAAUAAUUUACACUAAUUUAUUUGUAUGGAUCAGUUCACUAAAAAGUGGUUUCCAGGAGGCUCCUCUAAAAUACAACAAAUGAACAGCAAGUUAAUUAAAAUGCCACAAAAUAAAUAAUGAAAAACAAAAAGAUAGAAGAUGGAUAUUUUUUGGGAAAAAAAAAACAAUUUUGUAUUGGUUUCUUGAGUUUACUCAGCAGUGAGGCCUCGUCAGGACUUGAACCAGGGAUCUUUCAUUGUUUCAAAUACACAGUUCAGAUCAGUUUUGUCUGCUAAUUAGGUUAGGUGCUAUUUAACCUUUAUAAUAUUUUGAGUUUUUAUGCUUGAGUUCUAGAUCUUUGAAUAAUGUAUUCAUGUAGUUGAUUUUUUUGUUGUUGUCUUUCAAAAAUGACAUUAUCAUGACAUAUCAUCUUAUUUAUGAAAUUUCAGAAUGGAGCCCGGCAGAAAUAAUUCAAAACCUUUCCACAGAAAUGAAAAACAGGUUUUGUUGCAAUUUUUAUACUAUAAACACUAGUAUAUUAAUAUUUUGUAAUUCUACAAUAGGAUUGAUUUGAUGAACAAACUCAGCAAAGCUAUGCUUACAACCUGAUCAGCAUGGCAGCUGACUGAGUUCAAAAUUUUGAUGCCUGUGUUACUUUAUAAUCCAUACUUACUGUGGAUAAGUUCUAUAUUCAGUAGUAGAAAACCUUGUAUUUUUAAUUCUUUGCUCUGUGUUACAGGCAACCAAAUACACUCACCACUUUUAAAUUAUUUUCUAAAAUGUGACAUUAAUCUUUCAAAGUAUUUUUGUUAUUGGAUGAUUGACCCAAAUCAUCUAAUAACAAAAAUAUUGGAUGAGGGAGAUAAUCAUUGACAGUUGGCUAAUGUUUACUUUUUUAUCAACAAUACUAAUGGUGUGGCUGCAAGCUAAGGUUUGUGGAUGAUAAUAUUAUGUAAUAAAUAUUGUGACAGUGGCUAGUAUUUCCAAAUGUUCUUAUUUUUUUGUCUACAGAUAUAUCAAGGAAAUCUCAGAAAAAUCUUUCCGGUUACUGGUUUUAAUAAAAAAAGUUUCAUCGCUGUUUAAAAGGCUGCAUGAAGGUAUUGAAGUGUAUUUUUACCUAAAGAGUAAGGCCACUCAGUGGUGCUAAUGGGAGAGGUUGUGAACAUAGACUUAAAGUGUAUUAAUAAGAAGUUAACUGUAAGUCCAUAAUUUGUAUGAUCUUAAGUCAAGCCACCUUUAUCCUGCAAAUACAGCUGCCUCUCAUUACUCCCCAAAGCUGGGACAUACAAGAGAGAGGUCUGCAUUCCCACACCACCCCCCCAUCCUCCUCCCAACAUUCCAUACUCAUGACAUAUCAUCAGUAUAAUUGGUCCAGAAUCUUGUCAUCAGGAGCUCUGACUGGUUGACAUAAUACCAUAUUAUAGAAGGGCUCCAAGCAAAAAAUAUCCCUUCAAAAAGGAAAUGAUCAAGAGGCGAGGGAUUGUUUUCUGUGGAGCCCUUCAAUUAUAUUGUACUCAGUUUCACCUGUUGUUUAUGUAUGACACGUAAAAAAAAAGGUUACAAAAAUCAACUGUACAACAUGCUGAAUCUAGUGAAAGACACCCAUUUCCUUGGGACAUAUUUUCUUAAGAAAUGCCGAUGCCAAAGUUGCACUGAAACUCCCAAUUAUUUUACAAUAACUAAGAAGUGCAGGGAACAGAAACUGAAACAAAUUCAUAUCUGCAUGGAAUCCACUAUUAGCUGCAGAUAAUGACUGGCAUAAACACAUGUUGUUUGGCCACAAAAUAUGGUUGAGUGUAAUCUCCAUAAUGUAUUCUAAAACUUUCGCAAAAAAAACGAAGCAGGAGGCUUGAUCUUGGGAAGGGAUUCAUCCGGUAAAAUUAAUUUUCCAUUCCAAGUAAAAAAUGUUUGCUACUUAUUUCCAUAUAUACAGUGCCAGAAUGGGUUGGAUUGUUAGUCAACAGGUUGCUGUUCUCAAUCGUUUGAAGAAAAUAUUGCCUUUUGAAUUGAGGAUAGAUAUAUAUCGUGCUUUCAUUGUACUGCAUUUCAAUUACUGCCCAGAGUCAUGGCGCCACUGUGGUAAAAGAGGUUGCGCCAAACUUGAAAAAACAAUGAACGAGCCCUUCACUUUGUGACCCAUGACAAGUCAACCACGUACAAAACAACUAAACCUGCUGUCCCCACUUAAUCAAAGAAUUGUUAAAAUGGCCACCGGGUUUUACAAAGCUAUCCAUGGGUAUAAAGUCCCUAGAGGAGGAGAGCUAUUGCAUGAACGAUCAACUAAUUAUAAUCUUAGAGGAAAACACAUUCUCGAGCUACCCAAAGUAAAUACAACCACCUAUGGACUUAAAUCGAGGCAUUAUACUGCAGCUAAGAUUUGGAACGCUCUUCCGGAUCAGUUUCAUGCCGCUAAUAAAAUUGGAACAUUUAAGAACUUAAUGUCUAAUUAAAGUUGGAUUUCUCAAAUUUUACAUUUUAAUCGGGCAAAUACAUGUAAAUACAUUUUGCUUAGUUUUAACAUCAUUAUGUAAUAAUCUCGUGAUCUACUCUUAGUUUUAAUAAUUUUUAACUGUAUAUAUAUAUUUUUAUAUAACGGUAGGUUUUUAUGAGAAAUCUUCUUUUUCUGUUAUUAUUUCUAGUUUAUUUAUUUAUUUUUCGAGGCAUGUCUGUAAAGUAGCUAAUUAGCUAAGAACAUUGACCACGUUAAAUAAAUGGUAUUGUAUUAAUUUGUAUUGUGUUGGAAACAUAUUGACAUAGUUGUUGCACUUCAUAGAUGUAGACUCACCUAGAGGGUUUUCCAGUUUGACUCCUUUCCCUGCCCCUCUGAAAAUUCGAUUCACAACAAAUCUUUCUUACACUCUUGACUGUAGGACGGAAAUCCCUGAAGGAUGUCACAAUGGACAUCUACCUUAAGGUUGAGUAACCUUUUUGUUUAUAAUUUUCUUCCCUUCAAAUAAUAAAAUUAAAUCCACUGCUUGUGUAUGACAGUGACAUAGAACUCUUAUAAUUAUAAUUGAAACAUAUAAAUUGGAUAAUUCUUGGGCCAGCUAGCUAUAGUAUAUUUUAGUGGAUAAUUUGAUCUUGUAGUAAAAAAGGAAGUUUUAUUACAUGUAUUAUUAGUCAAUGCAGUUCACUUGCCUAGACCCUGUGCAGCGUCUUCCCAGGUCUUCUCAGUCAAUGCAUUUUGGUGAUGUAGCUGAGACAAACCACUCUAAAGCUCACUCAGAUGUACCAUGUGACUUGAAUCACAUCUUCUGUGCACAAUAAUGAGGCCUAGGGACUAGGCAAGCAGUUCACUACUUUCAUUCCUCUUGAUUUUGGAGUGUUAAUUUUUUUAAAAUUCUGUUGUAAACCAUUGUCAGUAUAACAAGGCUAGAGUAUAUAAAUGAAGGCUGCAUUGUUCUGAACCCUCUUUAAACAUCAGUGAUUUAAUAUUGUUGCUGCCUUGAUUAGUAAGUAGUUGACGGCAAUUUACAGUAAUUCUUCAGCUGUAGUACAUAGUCAAAAGAGAGUUAGCAUUCAAUCAGCUAUAGUUGUCAGAAGACAGGUUUUGGCACAGAGCUUAUAAAAAUUAUAGGCUAUUUCCAAGUUCCCCCGGGCCUCUGUAUCAAAACAAGGUUAAGUGCUCAGCCUUUAGGAUGGAAAUCAUUUUUUUAUUCUCAUGUAAAUAAAACUUUUUUUCACAACAAAAGGUUGUGCACUUGGCCUCAUUUUAAAAGUGAGGGUCUGGACCUCCGAAGUGGCCUGUUAUUGUGUGGGUGAUUGCAAUAAUUUAAUGUAUUAAUUAUCAUUAAUUUGCUUGCAAUGUAAAUUUUUUUUGGUUGCUACUCAAACAAAAUGGGAGAUCAUUCAAGUUUUUAAUGUUACUUCAAUUAUUUCCUUUUUUAAUAGGAUGUGAAAAAAAAACCAUCUCUGUCCCCUCCAGACCAGUACAUAGAGAUUGGUCUCUGGAGGCAGGUUAUGAAAAUUAACCAACAGCUUUGUCAGAAAAUGGAGCAACCUUACCAGGAUGAAGGCUGCAAAGUAUGUGUGAUGAUUAUUUAUUUUUGGCAGGGGAUCACUCAAUUUGAGCAGUUGAAAUUGAAUUAAAAAAUUUCAGGCAUGACUGCCCUAAAAUAUUACUGAUCUGCUCGGCCACCAGUUUCAUUAAGCUAUUACAUUUAAGUGUUGCCUUUAGGCAUAUGUUAUUUGUAACAAAAGUCAGGAUUGCAUGUACACUGUAGUUAAGCCUGAAAUUUUUCAGUGUAUUGUUUUUCAACAGUGUUCAUUUCUUUUGAAGCAUAACCACAAUCAAUCAUUUUUUAUUUGACAAAUCUAAUGGUAUUUUAUUAUAAAUUUAUCCAGUAUAGUUACAGGUUUCCUUAUUUUACCAGUAUCCUAUAACUUUCAAAACGUUUUAAUCCAUUUACCUCUUUUGCAAAUAGUGUAAAAUCAAAUGUCACUCAACUUUCAACCUUGCUAUGUUUCCCACAUGGGAAGAAGAAACUGAUGAUAGUUAUAGGUCAAUGGUUUGAGAAGUGCACAGUCACUGUCAUAUUGUUAUUAAUUAUGUUGUGUUUUACUUAGUUCUUAAGGCAAAAAAAAGCUUUGUUUGAUUGCUUUCUUUUUUAUCUUUUCUUGAAAAGUUCUGGACGACUGUAACAAAGUACUAAAGUUAUUCUUAUUGUUCCAGCUGUAAACUAAAAUGUCAACAUUCUAUUGCUAUUCACUAUUGGUUGCAAACUUUUUUUACCGAAUAUUAAUAUAUUUUAUAAUUAAUAAUAUCAUUAUUGGAAACACACAUACACCUUUCUAACCUUUCUUCAUACACAGUCCUUAAUGUUGUUUUUGUUUUGUUGCUCUUCAACAGGAAAAUCCAAACGCGUCAGCUGGAAAUAAGCAAGCUCAAGAUCAUACUCAAGAAACUACCAAUUUGGUUAGAAAACAAUAUUAAAUUAUUGCAUGUUUUAACACUUUAGUGGAGAAACUGGAAGGUAAACUCUGCAAACAAACUUUUAAUGUUCAAAAGAAUAACAAUUUUCUUUUCUUUGAUCUUUUGUAUUUCAUCCCAGGAAAAGGAUGUGACAAGUACAUUUCAUGAUUACUAUAUGGAGGUGGUAACAUCUAGCUUUGGUGAUGACUUGGACCACAUUAGACAGGUUUGACAAUGAUCUUUUAACCAAUAUGGCCAAAUGUGCAGGAACAAAAAUUUCUUGAAGUCUUUGAAUUGAAAGUAAAAUUACAGUUUUUAACCAUUAUUGUACUGGGCCGGGUUGUUCAAAGCUGGGUUAGGGUAGCCCAGAAUAAGUGUGAAAUUUGAACUCAGAUAUGAGAGCUUAAAAAGCAAAUUCAGUUAAAUUCUCUUUGCCUACAAUUUGAUGAUUGGAUACUUUAAAAAGAAUAGAGAAAAUUAUCUGAGAGAGUGCUUUUGAUAAAAAGAAAAAGAAACCCAGGUUAAAAUUUAGCCCUGGGUUAGAGCUAACUGGCGUUCGAACAACUGGGCCCUGCACUAUAACUAAACCUUCAAGACUAAAGCACUUUGUUGGAGGUAGAUUUCAGUCAAUCAAAAUAUUAAAUAUGCUGAAAGCAACAUAUUAUAACCUACAAUAUGAGAACUUCAGUUGGCCGCUUAGCAUAUCUGAGCUAUUUUAAUUUGCUCCCUCAACAUAACCCAAGUAUCAGCAUUAUAAUAAUUAUAAUCAUGACUAUCACAACAUUGCCAAAUCUGAUCAACUGCCGUGAUUUCAGCAUUAAUAGGACAGUGUAAUAUGUUAGUAUUCGCCAUGCAUGGACAGUAUGCACCAUUGCUUGCAUGCUCACUUGAAUGGAUAUUUUCCACUUUUUAGCAAAAGACUCUUGGACUAUGUUUUAUUUUAAUUUUGAAAAACCUUAACCCAUUCGCCCCUGAACCGCCCGUAACCGCCCGUGCGGAUCCAGGUCCUUUCUACCCUUUGUGACGUCAUCAGUUUUAACGGUCACGGACAACUUUCUUCGCUAACUUGUGUAGAGUGAAGAGAUCUUUCAAACCAUACCAGAAUGAGCACAAUUCAGUCAAGGACACCGGAGAAAAAAGCAAAAAACCACGUGACAAGGACCUGAAAAUCUCCAUGAAAAUCUUGUUCCAUUACCCACCUACCUUUCCUUUCACCUAAUCCUAAGAUCCUAAAAGCUUUCCUAAAAACUCUUCCCACCAAAAUGAAGCCUACUAAAUGCCCAGCAAGAGAAAAAAAAAUGAGGCAAGAAAAGCGAAAAAAGAAGGGAGGAGAGAAAGCGAAAAGUAAAAGUCAAGACUGCUGUGUCACUUUUAAACCCAAAAACUAUGUCGAAAUUUUGCUUUCUGCGCGUGCCCGAACUUCGCAAGCUGAUAUUUUGCAUCUGGAUCAGAAGGCUGCCAAGUGUACAACCUGUAAACCGGUUUGUGGUAAGUUUUAGCUCUUUAUAGCACGACAGUGACCAGAAAACCACUCGACUAGCUUCAAAACGCGUUUUUGGGCAAAAUCUCCAGGAGCGAAUGGGUUAAAGUAUUACAAAUUUUUUGAUAGUUAUGAUUAAUUUUGGUAACAGAACUAAGUGCCACCAAUUCGGUCUGGUCUGUUAUCAUACUAGUGUUUGAGUUUUGUUACUCAUUUGUACGAUUACAGAUCAAAUUGGACUCCACUCAGUCCUAUUAGGUAUCACCAUUAUUUUUAUACUCCAAAUAAGAAGUAUUUUUAAAAUGUAUGUCAGUGCUGGCUCUGAAGCUUCCCAGAAAGUGGAGAUUGUUUCCUGUGAAGUCUAAAUUGUAGCUGCAAACAACAGCACUAAGUUUUUUAUCUUUUAUGUAAUAAUUUUUAUGAUAAAUCUUCAUACCAUCUUUUAUUUCUUUUUUAAGACAAGUUUAAUAUCUUUUACACCCGUCUAUAAUGGACAGUUCCUUAUUACUGGCCAGAAGAUUAGAUUCUUAUUUCUGGUAAACUGAUACAGUUGCCACCUCAGUAGUAUAUAAAAUUAUGUUCCCCUACAAUGUUCUGUUUUGAGUCUCUAGAGUUGUUCAUACUAAAGCAUGUGUAAAUAAUACUGUAAAUAAUUUGCUGGCAGAUAGUUCAAAUCUGUUUUCAAUUUAAAAAAAGAGAGAAAUUCACAAGGUACUUUGAACUUGUUUAAGGCAGUAAUUUUGAUGUCCAGUGAUGUCCUUACAAGUUAAUAACAAAAUAAUGCUAGCUUUUACUUGUUCCAGGAAGGAAAUUUAGAUGCAAGAAAAGUUGAAAUGCUGAUAAAUUGUCUGGAGACUGGAAAGGACAUUUGGUCUGACUUGGAAAAAAGAUUACUGCAAACAAAAGGAAGUUGA